AUGGACAGGGACCCGAGUGAGGAUGACAGUAUGGCUGACCUCAGCUUUGAGGCUGAAAGUCCUGUGAUGCCUCCUGAUGAGCUCCUGGAGGGACUGCCCAGCUACGACUGGCUUCUUCAAGGGCGUGGAAGGCAGGUCUUCUUCCCACCCUUGGAGGCCCUGGGGAGGUCCCAGGAGCCCACCUCUUGGUCCUCCGUCUUGGAGCACAGCAGAGUCCCUGCGGUGACCGAGGAGGUGGCCCGUGAGGCCCUGCUCAGCUUCGUGAACUCCAAGUGCUGCUAUAGCAAUGCAGCUGCUGGCAACCUUAUCAUUCAGGAGCUGAGGCAGCAAACUCUCUGCAGGUAUCGACUGGAGACCUUCAGCGAAUCCAGAGUCAGCGAGUGGACAUUUCAGCCCGUUACCAACCACUCCGUGGAUGGGCCACAGAGAGGUGCCUCCCCCAGGCUUUGGGACAUGAAGGUCCAGGUGCCUCCGAUGUUUCAGGAAGACACCAGAAAGUUCCAAGUGCCUCACUCCUCCCUGGUCAAGGAAUGUCACAAAUGCCACGGGCGCGGCCGCUACAAGUGCAGCGGCUGCCAUGGGGCUGGCGUGGUGAGGUGUUCGUCCUGCAGUGGCACCAAGCGCAAGGCCAGGCAGCCUCGGAGAUGCCACAUGUGCUCUGGCUCUGGCAGGCGCAGGUGCAGCACGUGCUCUGGGAGAGGGAACAAGACAUGUGCCACCUGCAAGGGGGAGAGGAAGCUGGAGCACUUUGUCCAGCUGGUCAUCAUGUGGAAGAACAGCCUGUUUGAGUUUGUGUCUCCACACCAACUCCACUGUCCCGGAGAGCUGCUUGCCAAAGCCCGAGGGGAAAACCUCUUCAGGGACGAGAAUACCAUGGUGUACCCCAUUGUGGACUUCCCCCUGCGGGACAUCUCUCUGGCCUCCCAGAGGGGCAUUGAGGAGCACAGCACCACUCUGGCCUCCCGUGCUCGCAUCCUUCAGCAGCGCCAGACCAUCGAGCUGAUCCCCAUCACGGAAGUCCAUUACUGGUACGAAGGAAAGACUUCUGUCUACUACAUCUAUGGCACCGACCACCAGGUGUACGUGGCUGACUACCCUGAGCGAUACUGCUGUGGAUGCACCAUCCUCUGAUAGGCCCAGCCGUCCCCAGACUCCACCAGUCACAUUUGACAGGGGGACAGCAGUGUUUUUUUUAGUUUAGUUAUGUUAGUGAUGUUGGAGAACCAACCCCAUUCAAACUCCAGAACUGUCUGUCAAGACUCAACUCUUGAUGGCACUUGCUUGGUGGGACCCAUGUUUAACCUGCCAGAAUUCUCCUAAGCAGGUUCCUCUAGAAUAAGGGAGAGAUGUAAGGUAAACAGUGGGGGACCCUGCCUAUGUCCUCCAAUCUAAUGCCUCUGUCUGUGUGUUGGAACUGGUAUUAUGAACCCCUGUUUUCGUGUGGAUUCUGCUGUGAGCCUCUGGCCAUGUUCAGCAUUAUAGGGGUGUUGAAAGAUACUCACAGGUCGACUUCCACCACAGCACCUCUGCUUCCUAUCCUCUGGGCUGGAAACACUGAGGUAGCCACUGACGGGAUACCUCUCCACAAGGUACCUGGAAGUUAUAUGGUGGCUGCCUUGCAUUCAUGCUGUGAUGGCUAAUGUCGCCCGUGAACUUGCUAGCAUCUACAAAUCACCCAGGAGCCAAACUUUUGAGCACGUCUGUGGGCAUAUUUCCAGAUUAGAUAAACAGAGGUGUCAAGGCCCAUCUUUGUGACCAGCGCAACCUUGGGCUGGGGGCUUGGACCGAAUUAAAAAGGGGAAAGUGAGCUGAGCACCAGCAUUCAUCUUCUGCUUCGGGACCACAGAUGCAAUGUAACCAGCGGUCUCAUGCCCCUACUGCCAUGCCCUCCUCACUGUGGCAGACUGUACCCUUGAAUUAUGAGUGAAAAUAAA